AUGACUCUGCCAGCACCUGGGGGGGGCGGGAGAAACCCAGAGACUCGGCACAUUAAGGUCCAACUAGGACAACUGAGACCCUCAUACAGUGACAGUGUGCAGGUGGCUAGGAUCAUCUGCCACCCCAACUACAGCCUUGGGCAGGGACCAGAAGGUGGGGCGGACGUGGCACUUCUCAAACUGGAGGCCCCCGUGCGACCAUCUAACCUCGUUGGGUUGAUCAGCCUCCCGCCAGCCUCCUCCUCAUUCCCCCCAGGCACACGGUGCUGGGUGACUGGCUGGGGUGACAUUGCUUCUGGAGUGCUGCUGCCGCCGCCCAAAAAUCUGCAGGAGGUGGAUGUCCCCAUCGUGGCGGAUGAGAUCUGUUGGUGGCAAUACCUUAGGAUCAACAAGGUUAUCACGGACGACAUGCUGUGUGCCGGGAGCUGGGGCCUGGACUCCUGCCAGGGUGACUCUGGGGGCCCCUUGGUCUGUAUAUGGAGGGGCACCUGGGUCCAGGUAGGCGUGGUGAGCUGGGGGGAGGGCUGCGGUCUUCCCAACUUUCCUGGAGUCUAUGCCCGGGUGACAUCCUUCUUGCCUUGGAUCCACCAUCAUAUUCAUUCCUCUCCUUGAGCCCGGGGCCGGGCAAGGAUGCUGCCCAUGAGAUGAAGA